UUGGUCUGGAUUUGAAUUUGUUAGUUGUCUAGCUUGGGGCCUGGAAAAAUAUUCUUAUUACUUCCUGAAAAACUUCAAUCUGGUGUUUCUGUUCUGAGGACGAAUGUUUCCUGUCUAUUUUCUAGUUGAUCGGCCGGCCUGUGAUGGUUCCUUACUGGUCUUUGGGCUUCCAGCUGUGUCGCUAUGGAUACCAGAACGACUCUGAGAUCGCCAGCUUGUAUGAAGAGAUGGUGGCCGCCCAGAUCCCUUAUGACGUGCAGUACUCAGACAUCGACUACAUGGAGCGGCAGCUGGACUUCACCCUCAGCCCCAAGUUUGCUGGGUUUCCAGCUCUGAUCAAUCGCAUGAAGGCUGACGGGAUGCGGGUCAUCCUCAUUCUGGAUCCAGCCAUUUCUGGCAAUGAGACACAGCCCUAUCCUGCCUUCACUCGGGGCAUGGAGGAUGACGUCUUCAUCAAAUACCCAAAUGAUGGAGACAUUGUCUGGGGAAAGGUCUGGCCUGAUUUUCCUGAUGUUGUUGUGAAUGGGUCUCUAGACUGGGACAGUCAAGUGGAGCUGUAUCGAGCUUUUGUGGCUUUCCCAGACUUUUUCCGUAAUUCAACUGCCAAGUGGUGGAAGAGGGAAAUAGAAGAACUAUACAACAAUCCACAGAAUCCAGAGAGGAGCUUGAAGUUUGAUGGCGUGUGGAUUGAUAUGAAUGAACCAUCGAGCUUCGUGAAUGGGGCAGUUCAUCCAGGCUGCAGGGAUGCCUCUCUGAACCACCCUCCCUACAUGCCAUAUUUGGAGUCCAGGGACAGGGGCCUGAGCAGCAAGACCCUGUGCAUGGAGAGUCAGCAGAUCCUCCCAGACGGCUCCCCCGUGCAGCACUACAACGUGCACAGCCUGUACGGGUGGUCCCAGACCAGACCCACAUACGAAGCCAUGCAGGAGGUGACGGGACAGCGAGGAGUCGUCAUCACCCGCUCCACAUUUCCCUCUUCUGGCCGCUGGGCAGGACAUUGGCUGGGAGACAACACGGCCGCGUGGGAUCAGCUGAAGAAAUCUAUCAUUGGCAUGAUGGAGUUCAGCCUCUUUGGCAUAUCCUACACAGGAGCAGAUAUCUGUGGGUUCUUUCAAGACGCCGAAUAUGAGAUGUGUGUUCGCUGGAUGCAGCUGGGGGCCUUUUACCCCUUCUCAAGAAACCACAACACCAUUGGGACCAGGAGACAAGACCCUGUAUCCUGGGAUGCUGCUUUUGUGAAUAUUUCCAGAAAUGUCCUGCAGACCAGAUACACCCUGUUGCCAUAUCUCUAUACCUUGAUGCAUAAGGCCCACACGGAGGGUGUCACUGUUGUUCGGCCUCUGCUCCAUGAGUUUGUGUCAGAUCAGGUGACAUGGGACAUAGACAGUCAGUUCCUGCUGGGCCCAGCCUUCCUGGUUAGCCCCGUCCUGGAGCUCAAUGCCAGAAAUGUCACCGCAUAUUUCCCUAGAGCCCGCUGGUACGAUUACUACACGGUAAGUUUUUCUGAAUGUCUGUACAACCUGGGAAAAGGAUAGAGAAUCCAGAGGCUUUAGAUAUGAUAGACCUUAGGUCAAAUGCUGGCUCUGUAACCACCUGCUGUGUGGUCUUAGAGAUGUCACUUUAACCCUUGUAACGUGAGUUUUCUCACCUCCAAGUGGGGUAAGACCACUUCCCUCAUAGAUCCGUUAUGAAAUAAUACAUAAAGCAUCUCACUUAGUAUCUGUUUUGUUUGUUU